CUGGGCUAGAAGAUCGGGCGCCGGACAGACCCCAGAUUCACGGACGAGCAGGCCGGGAAGCGCAGAGAGGCCCAGGACCCGGGUGACAAGUCGGGGCGACCAACGGGCGCCUCACCUGACAGAAGCGUCGGCAGUAAUCCCGACUGCUGAUCCCGACGCCGGCGCCGCAGCCGCCGCUGCCAGCGCCGCCUCUGCCGUCGCCCGCAGCUCUAAGCCCCACAGGGCCCAGCGGGGACUCCACAAUGGCCACGAGCUCUUCUCCGAGGCGUUCGGCCUCUUGAUCGCUCUCUUCCUCCGCCAUGAGGCUCUCGCCGCCCAGCGCGUACCAGCCCUGCGCCGCCGCCGCUGUAGCUGCCUAGGCUAACCUCCUCCUCCUCUCUAGUUCCCUCCCCCUUCCCUCCUCCCUAGCCGGACAGGGGCCUCUCGGCUGGGCUCUACUUCCGGCUCCGCCCACCCACGCCCCCAGUUUUUAUUGGAAAACGAUAGCUGCCAAUCAUGCUCAUGCCCGCCCUUCCACUACUAUUGGUUAAAUCAGCAGUCUGUUUGAUAGACCGGCCAUCUGUUGGUCAAUGCUGCUCGGCGGUUGCUGGGGCCCGCCUACGGGCUUUGCCAUAGGCGGUGCAGGCGGACGGGGCGCGGCGGGGGACACGGCGGCCGCCGCGGGGCUCGAUCGGGCAACGGCGGCGACGGCGGCAGCUACGGAGCUUCCUCCUGCCUUGUUCCUUGCUCUUCUUUCUUCCUCCUCUUUUCCUUUCCGGCCGAGCCUUGGCCACUUCCCCUAACGGCGGCCUCGAUCCUACGUUAAGGCAUGACUUCCUGGCAGCGCAGGGAAAAUCGGGUGCAAGCCCAGAAACUAUUUCCCCACCACCACUUGUUGAAAAACUGAGUUGAAGGCAUCUUCGGGGUUGAACGAACAGUGCCAGGAUUUGAUGCGUCUCUGGUUUUGCUCUGGAGACCCUUCCUUGAUAAGUAUCAAGACGAAAAAAACUGGAAACUAAUCCGAACCAUAUUUAUUUAGAGUCAGAAUGGAGCGAUUUGUAGUAACAGCACCACCUGCUCGAAACCGUUCUAAGACUGCUUUGUAUGUGACUCCCCUGGAUCGAGUCACCGAGUUUGGAGGUGAGCUGCAUGAAGAUGGAGGAAAACUCUUCUGCACUUCUUGCAAUGUGGUUCUGAAUCAUGUUCGCAAGUCUGCCAUUAGUGACCACCUCAAGUCAAAGACUCAUACCAAGAGGAAGGCAGAAUUUGAAGAGCAGAAUGUGAGAAAGAAGCAGAGGCCCCUAACUGCAUCUCUUCAGUGCAACAGUACUGCGCAAACAGAGAAAGUCAGUGUUAUCCAGGACUUUGUGAAAAUGUGCCUGGAAGCCAACAUCCCACUUGAGAAGGCUGAUCACCCAGCAGUCCGUGCUUUCCUAUCUCGCCAUGUGAAGAACGGAGGCUCCAUACCUAAGUCUGACCAGCUACGGAGAGCAUAUCUGCCUGACGGAUAUGAGAAUGAGAAUCAACUCCUCAACUCACAAGAUUGUUGACUAGAAGGUUACCACCAUUGUGAUCAAGAUACAUGUGGAGUAUUAAAGUUAUGUGUUGAUUGUGUGGUUCAUUUUUAUAUUUAUUUCAUUUAAAAUCAUGUGAUGCAGAAUAGUUUUGCAAUGUGUAUAUAGUUGCAGGCAGGAAAAAAAACACCUCACUGCAAAACUUAAUGUUUAGUCACCAAUGGUAUAAAGCAAAACCUAGGUUUAGAGUGUACUAGGAUACCUGAAACCCGAUGGUUAUCUUUAAAAUUGAUGGUUUUUCUCCUGAAAUGUUUGUGCAUGGAAGAACUGCCCUGCUUUUUUACCCUGUUGCCAUGUGAUUAUUCCUUGUGAGAUUACUUAAUUACUUGGAUUGAAGACUAGCCUAUUGAAGCUGCUGCCAGGCACUACCACUUAACAGUAACUUAAAGGAAUUAUUUCUUUAGAGGAUCCUCUUCAAAAAGGAAAGGAUAGUGGGAAACUUCUUAUAUCUUCAGAUCCCUAGCAGAAAUGACUGUGUUGUAUUUCAAACUAUGUUUUACUUGUAUAUGAUGUAGUUAACUAUCCUUCAAUUCUAUAUUUCCCAUGCCCCCAUUUUAAAGGCUCAUUGUUGUAUUUUGUAGCAGCUUCAAGUGACCAAAAGACUAAAAUCUUUCAAUGUCGAUACCAAAAGCCAAAGGGAAUUUUGCAGUGACAAGAUUUUAGUCUCUUACUAUGAAUACAAAUUUUGAACCAUAGCUUUCAUUUUAAGCAUCAUCUUGAAUUUGCAAACUUUUCUUUGUCUUGGUGUUAAAAGACUUCCAAGAUGGCAUUUUUAUUUAAACAGGUAGACAUUUAUGGUUGAGUUUUCUCUUUUUAUGGAGAAUUAAUAGUGGUUUUUUUGGCUGACAGAUCAGAUAAAGUUACUUUCUAUUCAUUAAUUUUUCCAUGUGAUUUUAGGAAUUUUUUUAGGUAGUCUAGACUAGAAACAAGUUGACUUAUUUUAUCUGCUUUGCCUCUGGUGGUACAAGGUUUUUAACAUGGAUGGUAAACAAUUGUCUAGAAAUUCUGGCAGGCUUUUUUGUAAUGGAGAUCUGGCAGUAUCCUGCAUAACUAUUUGAGUGAGGAAAUCGUUCUCUUAAAGGUCAACUGUGUUCAGGAAAUGAUCUCUGUCUGAACCUCACUAUCCUGUAAGAUUAUCCAAGUAGCUUAGCCCAGCUACGUUCUCUCUAUCAGAGACCCAAAUUAUAUUUUUUAAAAAAUUAACAGCUGGAAACUUGGACUAGAGCUUUAAUUUAAAAAAAAAAAAAAUCUUAAAUUCUUUGAAAUUCAAGUUAAAAAUAUAUAUUUCUAUUACAAAGCAGUGAUAAACGAUGCCCUAUGUGACUAGGAGUUAUCUUUUGAUUUUCACCAAUAAUCUUCCUGUAUAAAAGAAAAAGCCAAAGUGAAAAAUAGACUGUGUAUUUUUCAGAAACUGCUUUCCAUGUGUUAAGAUUUUUUUACAGAUUUAAGUUCUAAUUCAGGUUGUCAAACUGGCCAUUUGAUUUUAGAGAUUUGUUUUCAUUUAAAAUUAAGCCUGCCACCAAAACAAAUCACUUACCAAAUGUGAACUAUUCGUUUUGCUCAUGUUCAGUUACAUUAAAGUAGUAUGAUAAAUGCAUGCCUAGAGUAGUGCUCUCACUGAUGAAGCACAUGUAAGAGGAGACCAGCAGCAAAACAUAAUCGUAAUGUGUUUUGCGUUUACUUCCUCUGGAAAAGAAUUUGCGGGCAACCAUGUUUAAUUAUGGUAGAAGAUUUUAGAAGCUAGGAAUAAUUGAGUUUUAUAGCACUAUUUUCAGAAUAUAAAAAGUUAGAUAUACAAUCAUUCUGUUUUUUUUAAUUCCAUGUGAUUCAAACUGCUCUCUAUUGUUUGGGUAUUAAUUUGCACUAAUGGCAAAAUGUAAUGACAGAUCAGCCUUGAAAGUAGUCCUAAGCAGUAAACUGGAUGAUGUUGCAUUAGAAAAACAUCAGUAAUUCAUAUUUAAGUUUCUAGUAGUUACUACUGAUUUGAUAAUCACUUAAAUUUUGUAUAUCUUAAUGUAUUUUUUCAGACUCCUAAUUCCCACAUUCACUGUACCUAGGGGUAUAGUCCAUUCUGUUAGGAUUAUAUCCUCUCCUUAGAAAUGUUUUCCAUCCUGUUGUGGGAAUUUGGUAUUAAUGUUUCUGUAUUGAUUAUGAAACUUUUGUUCCCUGAAAAUAGUUAGCUUUGUCUAAAGUUAAGGCAGAAUGAUUGCUUUAGCCUGCUCAAACUGGUACAAAUCCCUGAAACAAUGAUUGGCAUAUGUUAAGUAACAAAUGAAGAUGUCUAAGAGGCAUACGCUGCUUUGGAGGUGUAGUGAACGUGUGUACAGAAGUUUUCGAUCUUAACUAUAUAGUGUUAGUGUGAUGCUAUCCUAUUGGAAAAGUAGCAACUUUUUUUCUAUUUUGUAAGUUGUAUGCAUAAACAUAAGAUUUGUAAUGUUUCAUUUAUAAACUGCCUUCUUCAACACAUGUUAAUAGUGUUUUCUCAAAGUAUUGAUAGUAUGUCUUCCAGAAUUUCACGAUACGCUUACAGUAAAUAGUUCCUAUCUUGUUGAAAUGUUAAAUUCUUUGUUGGCUUUCUUUUUGAUUCUGUGGGGAUAUAUAACAAGCCUGAAGGACAUUGUAAUCAUUUCUUACAGGGUGAAAAUUUAGAAAGAUUGUGUAUGAGAGCCUAUAUAGUUGUUUUAUCCAUUAUCAUCUUCGAUUAAGACUUUUAAAAAUGCUCUUUCCAGUUAGUGCAUUUGGCCCUAUUGAAUUUUCAGGGACCAGAAAACAUUAAAGAAAAAGUUCUGCAUCUUAUAAUGUUAACCAAUUAAACUUGAGAUUGUUCUGAAAGUAUCAGUUGCUUUAAAACUAUUGUAAGUACAGUUGGCAAGAUCACCAAGCUGAAACUUCCAUGUUAAAACUUUUGCCUGUAAGAAUUUGCACAUGAAUGUUAAUGGAAAACACAAAAUAAAACUUAAGAUGGCCCAAAACAAAAGCCACAAACAGUUCAUCAUUUGGUGCUUAGUCUCUGUAAGGGCUCUCUGUGGUUUGACUUACACCAACUGCCAUUAAAUGAGGACAAAUCACCUUCAAACAUGUUCAUUUGAUUCGUAACAAGAAAGAUCGGUCUAUGAUUUUAUUGAAAAUCUUAGCCUAAAAGAAAGUGCUUUAGCUUCUGGCAGCACUGAUUAAAAUGUGAAUAGUGAAGUGGCUAUCCUAAACUUUGGUUUAUCUCAACUCAUACUCUCAUAGAUUUAGGAAAUACAGUUCGUAUCUAGUGGCAUUCUACUUGUAUUCAGAAUACUGUAUUAAUUAAAAUUUUACUAUUUCAUUUUUGUAUUCCGUGCUGAUUUUUUUUGCUCACGCAUGUAUCUUUAGUAUAAACGUGUCACUUUUAAAGUUUUGUCUCUGACUUUUAGAAAUAAAUUUCAGAAAAAUUGUUUCAAAAGA